AUGGGAAAGCUUCACCUGUUGAAGGCCUGCUCUUCACUUACGAUCACUCUGACUCCUCCAUCACCUGUCAACAUGACAACCUCAUCCCUGCGUAGGCAGGUGAAGAACAUAGUUCACAACUAUUCCGAAGCGGAGAUUAAGGUUCGUGAGGCAACCUCUAAUGAUCCAUGGGGGCCGCCAUCGUCUCUCAUGUCAGAGAUUGCUGAUUUGACCUUUAAUGUGGUGGCUUUUGCUGAAGUCAUGGGCAUGGUGUGGAAGCGCCUCAAUGACAGUGGCAAGAACUGGAGACAUGUCUACAAGUCCCUGACCCUAUUGGACUACCUACUGAAGACGGGAUCAGAGAGAGUGGCUCAACAGUGUCGAGAGAAUGCAUUCACUAUUCAGACGCUUCGUGAUUUUCAAUAUGUUGACCGUGAUGGCAGAGACCAAGGGGCUAACGUCCGAGAAAAAUCGCGCCAACUGGUGUGUCUUCUCCGGGAUGAAGACCGUCUUCGUCAAGAGAGAACUCAAGCGCUGAAGACCAAAGAGCGAAUGGCCGGUGGAGCGGGUAGUGGCGGAGGGGCCAUGUAUGGAGGAAUACCCUCAUCCUAUCAUCCGGGCAGGCGGACUAGCCAGCCCAGCAUGGCUGCACUCUACGGGGAAGAGUUGAGCCGCUCCAGAGGUUCUCCAUCCUCCUUCAACUCAGCCUCAUCUUCAUCUCCUCGAGAUGCCUCUGAGCUGGAACAGGCUCGACCACAAACCACUGGGGAAGAAGAGCUUCAGCUCCAGCUGGCUUUAGCCAUGAGCAGAGAAGAGAAUCAGAAGAAUCUGAUGUGCUCACUGAUGAUGUCAAAGAUGCCAACCCUGCAGGAGCGGCGCUGUCGUCAAGGAGACGUGUCAGUCCUGCAGAAGGUCGUGAUUGAGAGCAGGAGAGCGAGCCAGUCAGGGACACAGGAGUCGACAAUGCUGGACCUUGUAGACGUCUUUGGUGCAUCGUCUGAAAGGCCACCUCCGCCUGGUGACCCCUGGGACGCUGCCCGGCCUUGCUGUAACAUCACUUCUGACCCUUGGGAUUCUGUAGCCGUCCCAUCCUCGAACGCUGCUAAUCCAUGGGCCCCUUGGGCCGACUCGUGCAGAGAGCCAUGGGAGGCGGCGCCCACCUGCAACCCUCCAGUCAAUCACACGUGGGAAAGAUCAAACGAGCUCGAGAGUGAUGGGACAUAUAUGGAGAGUCCACAUGAAACGGAGAAGCCUCAGCAGGAUUUUCCUCAAUGGUCUUCUUCUCAGCCAGAGAGUCAAACAGAUUCUGAAGUACGUGAGACUGAAGACAUGUUCUGUGGAGCGGAUGAUCCAUUCAGAAAUGAAGCUCCGGUGAAACCUCUGCUAAAUGGUCGGGACUCAGACAGUCCAGAGAUGUUGGAUACGUCUCGACUCGCACCGCCUGUAAGCACUACGCCACGUAUGUGUCAGACCCCUGAAGCCUUUCUUGGACCUACGGGGGCCUCAUUGGUCAAUUUGGACACACUGAUACCCCCAACUCCGCCAAGCAAGGCGCACAACAACCCCUUCCUCUCAGGUCUGAGCAGUCCAUCUCCUACCAACCCCUUCCACUGUGACCAGCCUCGCCUUACCCUCAACCAAAUGCGCCCAUCCUCGACAUCUCCGCUGCCCCCGCACAUGCUGUCCUACAGUUCGUCACUUCCACUACCUCUCCUUCACAGAGGGUCAACCCUUCCCUCUUCGCAGACCCAGCCUCCCGCCAGACUUAUGGACCUUCCCUCCAACCUUCUCCAACCAAUGCUCCCCCUCUCUUUGCAGCCCAUGGCUAACAUUCAAUCCCAAGCACAGACACAGAGCCACAACCCGUUCCUCUGAGACUUCAUUUGCUUUUGCCAUUUGCACACUCUAGACUAUAACUUGAACCUGAACCAGAGUCAAGAUCUUAUUAAAUGUCUGUCUGUGUGCACACAUGAAAUGGAUCAAACAUCGACUGGAAAUUCAGCAAGCCUCAUGAUAUUGCAGGAACGUUUUUGUAGAGGUAUCUUCAAAUCUAUAUUACAGUGCACUUCUGUCCCUGUCCAUCUAAUUUCAUCAAAAUCCUUAUUGCAGCAUUAAUAAUGCUAUGGUUACAAUAGCAUAACUGUCCAUUGAUAAAUUGUUCACUAAUUUGACAGGGUGGGCUCUGUAUUUUCAUUCCUAGCACAAAGCGCUGUCUAACUGCACAUUUAUUUUCCUCCUGGGCUGAA